CAGGUCUAGUUCAAGACCCCUCCUCCAUAACUGGUGUUCGUGCCAAGACCCCGGGCUGCUUCCCGGAUCCUCUGGGACAGCCCCUGCCUUCCACCAGCCAGGACCAUGGGCAGUAACAAGAGCAAGCCCAAGGAUGCCAGCCAGCGGCGCCGCAGUCUGGAGCCUGCCGAGAAUGCCCACGGCGUCAGUGGGGCCACCUUCCCCACCUCACAGACCCCCAGCAAGCCAACCUCCGCAGAUGGCCACCGUGGCCCCAACGCAGCCUUCGCCCCCGUGGCCACUGAGCCCAAGCUGUUCGGAGGCUUCAACUCCUCGGACACUGUCACCUCCCCACAGAGGGCGGGGCCACUGGCUGGUGGAGUGACCACCUUUGUGGCCCUCUAUGACUAUGAGUCACGGACGGAGACUGACCUGUCAUUCAAGAAAGGGGAGCGACUCCAGAUUGUCAACAACACAGAGGGAGACUGGUGGCUGGCCCACUCACUCAGCACGGGACAGACGGGCUACAUCCCCAGCAACUAUGUGGCGCCCUCCGACUCCAUCCAGGCCGAGGAGUGGUACUUUGGCAAGAUCACCAGACGGGAGUCAGAGCGGUUACUGCUCAACACGGAGAACCCGAGAGGGACCUUCCUAGUGCGAGAAAGUGAGACCACGAAAGGUGCCUACUGCCUCUCUGUGUCCGACUUUGACAAUGCCAAGGGCCUCAACGUGAAGCACUACAAGAUCCGCAAGCUGGACAGCGGAGGCUUCUACAUCACCUCCCGCACCCCGUUCAACAGCCUGCAGCAGCUCGUGGCCUACUACUCCAAACAUGCCGAUGGCCUGUGCCACCGCCUCACCACCGUGUGCCCCACGUCCAAGCCGCAGACUCAGGGCCUGGCCAAGGAUGCCUGGGAAAUCCCUCGGGAGUCACUGCGGCUGGAGGUCAAACUGGGCCAGGGCUGCUUUGGAGAGGUGUGGAUGGGGACCUGGAACGGCACCACCAGGGUGGCCAUCAAAACCCUGAAGCCUGGCACGAUGUCUCCAGAGGCCUUCCUGCAGGAGGCUCAGGUCAUGAAGAAACUGAGGCACGAGAAGCUGGUGCAGCUGUAUGCAGUGGUGUCAGAGGAGCCCAUCUACAUCGUCACGGAAUACAUGAGCAAGGGGAGUUUGCUGGACUUUCUCAAAGGGGAGACGGGCAAGUACCUGCGGCUGCCUCAGCUGGUGGACAUGGCUGCUCAGAUUGCCUCAGGCAUGGCAUAUGUGGAGCGGAUGAACUACGUACACCGGGACCUCCGCGCUGCCAACAUCCUGGUUGGAGAGAACCUGGUGUGCAAAGUCGCUGACUUCGGGCUGGCUCGGCUCAUUGAGGACAACGAGUACACAGCCCGGCAAGGUGCCAAAUUCCCCAUAAAGUGGACGGCUCCAGAAGCUGCCCUCUAUGGCCGGUUCACCAUCAAGUCGGAUGUAUGGUCCUUUGGGAUCCUGCUGACAGAGCUCACGACAAAGGGACGGGUGCCCUACCCUGGGAUGGUGAACCGCGAGGUGCUGGAUCAGGUGGAGCGGGGCUACCGGAUGCCCUGCCCUCCUGAGUGUCCUGAGUCCCUUCAUGACCUCAUGUGCCAGUGCUGGCGGAAGGAGCCCGAGGAGCGGCCCACCUUUGAGUACCUGCAGGCCUUCCUGGAAGACUAUUUCACGUCCACUGAGCCCCAGUACCAGCCUGGAGAGAACCUAUAG